AUGGGCUUGACAGAAACAGGCCUAAAGCAAGAAAUUGUAUUUAGGUUACUGAAGAAGGGUCAAAACCAAACAAGUACAGAGAAGUCUACAGAGGAAGUUGGUAUAACUAAAAAAGGAAAAGAAAUGUAUUUCCAAUUUGUAAAAUGCCAGAAUGAUUUAUUAUUAGAGCUGGAAG